GAGAUUCGAGAGAGAAAGAGAAACAGAAGAGUAGUACUAUAGAGAGAAGAAUUUGAAAACCCAAAAAGGCUCAUCAAGUUCUUUUACUUUUCUGUUCUUUGAAGAAGCGUGGAGCUUGUAAGUAUGAAUAACAAUAAUAAAAUUGAAGAAGUUGUGUUAGUUGUGGAUGAUUUGAGAUCAAUAUGUAUGAAUUAUCGGUGUAGAAUAUGCCAUGAAGAAGAAUUCGAGAGCUCCAAAAGCUUGGAAGCUCCUUGUGCUUGUUCUGGAACCGUUAAGUUUGCUCAUAGAGAUUGCAUUCAGAAAUGGUGCAAUGAAAAAGGCAAUACAACUUGUGAGAUUUGUCUCCAGCAAUAUGAACCUGGAUAUACAGCACCUCCAAAGAAAUCUCAGAUAGCUGAUGCAGCAAUGACCAUUAGGGAUAGCCUGCAAAUAACAAGAAGGGAGGUAGAACCCUUAAUAAACGCAACAACAAUUGAAAGCGAUUACUCUGAAUGCAAUUCUGCUGCAGAUAGAAGCGCUUCUUGCUUUCGAUCACUUGCUUUCUCUUUUACACUCAUCUUGCUUGUAAGACAUCUUUUUGCAUUGCUUACAAGUGGCAUGGAAGAUUAUCCAUUUACAAUUCUUACUGUGUUUAUAUUAAGGGCAAGUGGAAUUAUUGUGCCCAUGUACAUAAUAAUUAGGACAAUUGGAGGCAUACAUAGUAGUAUUCACCGCCACUAUCAUCAGGAUUCUGACGAUGAUGACACAUCGACAAUAUCUGAUGGAGAUGAUGAAGAAAACGAGACAAGCCAGGAUGAAGAUUUAGGAUAUUCAUAGUUAUGGUUGUCAUGGUAUGCUUUAAUUGUAUCGGAGCAUUGUGCUAAUGCUCUUGUCAAAUUGCGAUGUUUUGGUGUGCCACAAAUUCUUUAUUAUCAUCAAAAGAAUGAAAUUUAGAUAGAAA